AUGCUGGAGAGUCAAAUUUUCGUUCCAAUUCAAACAAUGUGUUACCCAAACACGGUGGGGUGUUUGAAAUUGAAUCAGGGGAACAUUUCGCUCCCGCUUGGCAUGAUGUUGAAAACGAACCAUAUUCAGAUGAAGGCACUGAUCAGUAUAAAUCUUAUCAAAGCCGCGCCCACGCCAGCAAUAGCCCUCCAACUUCCCCGAGAUCCUAUUUCUUGUCGCUUGGAUCUUCCUAUAAAGCGCGGGAUGCCCUAA